UUCAUGGCCUAGCGGUGGGAAUUCUCGUCUUCGCUCGCCCGCGGGGGCGGGAGAGAGUAAAGCCGGCGAUGCCGCGUUGGCCGCCCACGUUCCCUCGUACCUGCAGCUGCGGUACCGUCGCCUUUAUAUGGGGAGAUGGCGCCUCGUGGAUAGACUCCGUCGCUUGUUUACGCGCCAUUUCCGCCGCGUCGUCAGUUUCUCAUCUUUAACGAAAGAACGCGAUCCGAUAGUCGAGGAGGAGGAGCUGUUUGUAGGUAACUAGGAGUUUGGGUUCUUUGGCCUCAGGUUCAUCGUUGUUGCCCAGAGGAGAGAAGAAGUCGCCAUGGAACCUCAAAGGAAGAGCAUGCUAGAGAAUGAAUUCUUUACGGAGUAUGGUGAAGCAAGCCGUUACCAUAUACAAGAGGUCAUUGGCAAAGGAAGCUAUGGGGUAGUCGGGGCUGCAAUCGACACCCAUACUGGAGAGAAGGUGGCAAUAAAGAAGAUCAACGAUGUCUUUGAACAUAUUUCUGAUGCCACUCGCAUUUUAAGAGAGAUCAAGCUGCUGAGGCUGCUCCGCCACCCUGACAUUGUAGAAAUCAAACAUAUAAUGCUCCCUCCAUCUCGAAGGGAAUUCAAAGAUAUUUAUGUCGUUUUCGAGUUGAUGGAGUCAGACCUUCAUCAGGUUAUAAAGGCAAAUGAUGAUCUCACACCUGAACAUCAUCAGUUCUUCUUAUACCAACUUCUUCGAGCUCUUAAGUAUAUCCAUGCAGCAAAUGUUUUUCAUCGAGAUCUGAAGCCAAAAAACAUCCUUGCCAAUGCAGAUUGCAAGCUGAAAAUAUGUGAUUUUGGCCUUGCCCGAGUAGCUUUCAAUGAUGCUCCAUCUGCUAUAUUUUGGACUGACUAUGUAGCAACAAGGUGGUAUCGUGCUCCUGAAUUAUGUGGCUCAUUUUUCUCUAAAUACACACCCGCGAUUGAUAUUUGGAGCAUAGGAUGCAUAUUUGCAGAAAUGCUAACAGGGAAACCUAUAUUUCCAGGAAAGAAUGUCGUGCAUCAGUUGGAUCUCAUGACUGAUUUGUUCGGCACACCUUCAGCUGAAUCUAUUGCGAGGAUCCGAAAUGAGAAGGCUAGAAGAUAUUUAAGUAAUAUGCGGAAGAAACCACCCAUCCCGUUCACUCAGAAGUUUCCUGGUGUAGAUCCUUUGGCUCUCCGUCUACUUGAGCGCCUACUUGCAUUUGAUCCUAAAGAUCGGCCUACUGCUGAAGAGACACUAAGUGAUCCUUAUUUUCGAGGUUUGGCAAAUGUUGACCGUGAACCUUCAACACAACCUAUCUCAAAACUUGAGUUUGAGUUUGAAAGGAGGAAAUUGACAAAAGAUGAUGUUCGAGAGUUAAUUUAUCGAGAGAUCUUGGAGUAUCAUCCUCAGAUGCUGCAGGAGUAUUUACGUGGUGGAGAUCAAGCUAGCUUUAUGUAUCCUAGUGGAGUUGACCGCUUCAAGCGCCAAUUUGCUCAUCUGGAAGAGCACUCUAGUAAAGGUGAGCGAAGCACUCCACUCCUACGGCAACAUGCUUCUUUGCCAAGGGAGAGGAUUGGUGCAAAUAAAGAUAGCAAUCCUGACCAACAGAAUGAAUUUGAAGGGCGUAGUGUUGAAUCUCUUGUUCGCAGUGCCCUUGAAAGCCCUACUAGGUCACAGCAAGGUGAGGGGCCAGAUCAUGCAUCGGUCACUGAUGGACUAAGCAAGUCAAAAUACAGUGCACGUAGCUUGUUGAAGAGUGAAAGCAUCAGUGCUUCCAAGUGUGUUGUUGUCAAGCAGAAGAAGGAUCAAGAAGAGGAAUCAGCUACUGAAACAAUGGAUCGGGCGGUUGAUGGUUUGUCCCACAAAUUCACCCAGUUACAUUCUUGAAAAAUCUUCUUUGGAGAAUUGCGAGAAUGCUGUCGACAUGUGCCGCACAAGCCCCUUAACUCAAAGUUCAGAUCGGAUCAGAGCACAGUGUUGAUGACAACCACCCUGCUAUUAUCUCUUACAGGGCUGAGUCAGCCAGCCCAGAAUCUGAUUUUUCAACUGUAUUCACCCACUUAUUUUUUCAACUGUAUUCUGUUCACAUUAUUGCUGGAAAUCAGCAUUUCUAUUAUGAUCUAAACCGCUUGUAGCACUCAGAAAAAAGAUGUUAUAAGGCUUUCAAUUAAUUUGAUUUGA